GCAGGCUGGGGCUGGAGCUGGAGCUGUAAUUCCAGAGCUCACCCUGGCCCUGGGGCCAUCUAACGAGCAAAAUGCCGCAAGCCAGACCCUGUGCCCCAGCCUGAUGGAAAAGAGCUGAAUUCGGUGCCUCGGCAGCCACUUGUGGAGAGGAGAGGCUGGAGCCAGCGAAGCGCUCGCCUGCCACUGCUGGGGCAUGAGCCAGAGGUUCACGGUCACGGCCCUGCCCCGGGAGGAGGGGGCCCCCUGCCAAGAGGCAGCUGCUGCUCUCCAAGGAGAUGCUGCCCCCCUGCACGGGGCCCAGCCUGGCAGCCUCUCCCGAGAAGACAGCAAAGGUGAUGGGAACCCCAAGGAGAGCAGCCCCUUCAUCAACAGCACAGACCUGGAGAAGGGCAAGGAGUACGACGGGAAGAACAUGGCCCUCUUCGAGGAAGAGAUGGACACCAGCCCCAUGGUCUCAUCCCUGCUGAGCGGCCUGGUGAACUACACCAACCUGCCGCAGGGCAGCCGGGAGCACGAGGAGGCGGAGAACAAUGAUGGAGCCAAAAAGAAACCUGUGCAGGCUCCACGGAUGGGCACGUUCAUGGGCGUUUACCUGCCCUGCCUGCAAAACAUCUUUGGGGUGAUCCUCUUCCUGCGCCUCACCUGGGUGGUGGGAAUUGCUGGCAUCAUGGAGUCGUUCUGCAUGGUCAUCCUGUGCUGCUCCUGCACAAUGCUGACGGCCAUUUCCAUGAGUGCCAUCGCUACGAACGGCGUCGUGCCAGCGGGUGGCUCCUACUACAUGAUCUCGCGCUCUCUGGGGCCCGAGUUCGGAGGGGCCGUGGGGUUGUGCUUCUACCUGGGCACCACCUUCGCGGGAGCCAUGUACAUCCUGGGCACCAUCGAGAUCCUUCUGGCCUAUAUCUUCCCCGCCAUGGCCAUUUUCAAGGGAGAGGAUGCCAGAGAGGAAGCCGCGGCCAUGCUCAACAACAUGCGUGUCUACGGCACCUGCGUGCUCACCUGCAUGGCCACGGUGGUGUUCGUCGGGGUCAAGUACGUCAACAAGUUUGCCUUGCUUUUCCUGGGCUGCGUCAUCCUCUCCAUCCUGGCCAUCUACGCCGGGGUCAUCAAGUCUGCCAUCGACCCCCCCAGCUUCCCGAUCUGUUUGCUGGGGAACAGGACGCUGUCGCGCCACGGCUUCGACAUCUGUGCCAAGCUGGUGCUGGAAGGGAACGAGACAGUGGGCUCCAAGCUGUGGGAGCUGUUCUGCACCUCCAAAUUCCUCAACGCCACCUGUGACGAGUACUUCCUGAGGAACAACGUGACCGAGAUCCAGGGCAUCCCGGGCGCUGCCAGUGGGCUCAUCCAAGAGAAUCUCUGGAGCACGUACCUGACCAAGGGGGUGAUUGUGGAGAAGCAGGGAAUGCCCUCGGUGGCCAUCACGGACCCCAUUGUCGACAUGGACCAGCCCUACGUCUUCAGCGACAUGACCUCAUACUUCACCCUGCUGGUGGGCAUCUACUUCCCGUCCGUCACAGGUAUAAUGGCUGGCUCCAACCGAUCAGGAGACCUGCGCGAUGCUCAGAAAUCCAUCCCCACAGGGACCAUCCUGGCCAUCGCCACAACGUCUGCUGUCUAUAUCAGCUCCGUGAUUCUCUUCGGCGCCUGUAUCGAGGGGGUCGUCCUCCGUGACAAGUUUGGCGAGGCUGUCAAUGGGAACCUGGUGGUUGGAACCCUCGCCUGGCCGUCUCCAUGGGUGAUUGUCAUCGGAUCCUUCUUCUCCACGUGUGGGGCAGGUCUGCAGAGCCUCACAGGAGCCCCCCGCCUCCUCCAGGCCAUCUCCCGGGACGGGAUCGUCCCCUUCCUGAGAGUCUUCGGCCACGGCAAAGCCAACGGGGAGCCCACCUGGGCGCUGCUCCUCACCGCCUGCAUCUGCGAGAUCGGAAUCCUCAUCGCCUCCCUGGACGAGGUCGCCCCCAUCCUCUCCAUGUUUUUCCUGAUGUGCUACAUGUUUGUCAACUUGGCCUGCGCGGUGCAGACGCUGCUGAGGACACCCAACUGGCGGCCCCGGUUCCGAUAUUACCACUGGACACUCUCCUUCCUGGGCAUGAGCCUGUGCCUAGCCCUGAUGUUCAUCUGCUCCUGGUACUACGCGCUCGUGGCCAUGCUAAUCGCCGGCCUCAUCUACAAGUACAUCGAAUACAGGGGAGCGGAGAAGGAGUGGGGCGAUGGCAUCCGAGGGCUCUCGCUCAGCGCCGCACGCUACGCUCUGCUUCGGCUGGAGGAGGGGCCCCCGCACACCAAGAACUGGAGGCCUCAGCUGCUGGUUCUGGUCCGAGUGGAUCAGGAGCAGAACGUGGUGCACCCGCAGCUCCUGUCUCUCACCUCGCAGCUUAAGGCCGGCAAGGGACUGACGAUCGUGGGCUCCGUGCUGGAAGGGACCUUCCUGGAUAACCACCUGCAGGCCCAGCGGGCGGAGGAGUCCCUGCGCCGCCUGAUGGAAGCUGAGAAGGUGAAAGGCUUUUGCCAGGCCGUGAUCUCGUCCAACCUGCGGGAUGGCAUGUCCCACCUCAUCCAGUCCAGCGGGCUCGGCGGCCUGCAGCACAACACGGUGCUGGUGGGGUGGCCGCGCAACUGGCGGCAGAAGGAAGAUCACCAGACCUGGAGGAACUUCAUUGAGCUGGUGCGGGAGACCACAGCCGGCCACCUGGCCCUGCUGGUCACCAAGAAUGUUGCCAUGUUCCCGGGCAACCAAGAACGGUUCUCUGAGGGCCACAUCGACGUCUGGUGGAUCGUCCAUGACGGGGGGAUGCUGAUGCUGCUGCCCUUCCUGCUGCGGCACCAUAAGGUCUGGCGUAAAUGUAAGAUGCGCAUCUUCACGGUGGCGCAGAUGGACGAUAACAGCAUCCAGAUGAAGAAGGACCUGACGACAUUCCUGUACCACUUGCGCAUCACGGCUGAGGUGGAGGUGGUGGAGAUGGUGAGAGCUCUCGCACGGCCCAGCCCCAGCCUGGCCCAGCUCCCUGGCCUUGGAUCCCCCUGGUCUCUGACCCGUGGCAAGCUGGGUUUGCUCAGUGACCUCCCAUCUCCAUCCCUCCCCACACAGAUCCAGAGCAUCACAGAUGAGUCCCGCGGCUCCAUCCGGCGCAAGAACCCUGCCAACACCCGGCUGCGGCUGAGCGUCCCAGAGGAGCAGGUGGGCGACAGCGAGGAGAAGCCGGAGGAGGAGGUGCAGCUCAUCCAUGAUAAGAACGCCACGGCCUUCUCCAGCAGCCCCCAGUCACCCGGUGACGAGACGGAGACGGCCCCGGAGAAGGUGCAUCUCACCUGGACCAAGGAAAAGUCUGUUGCGGAGAAGAACAAGAGCAAGAGCCCCGUCAGCCCCGAAAGCAUCAAGGACUUCUUCAGCAUGAAGCCGGAGUGGGAGAACCUGAACCAGUCCAACGUGCGGCGGAUGCACACAGCUGUCAAGCUUAACGAGGUAAUCGUCAAGAAGUCACAGAACGCCAAGCUGGUCCUGCUGAACAUGCCAGGCCCACCCCGCAACCGGAAGGGGGAUGAGAACUACAUGGAGUUCCUGGAGGUGCUGACGGAGCACCUGGACCGGGUCAUGCUGGUGCGCGGCGGGGGCCGGGAGGUCAUCACCAUCUACUCCUGAAACGCCAGCUGCUGAGCUGAAGAAGUUUUUUUGCACCCUGAGAGACCCCCCCCACCGACCUCUUUGCACCUGGCUCCUGGGGGGCAGGAGGGCGGGUCCCCUUGUGCUUGGUGCUCAGAAACUGGACCAUGCCCCACGCGCUCCAUUUGACCUGCAGCCCCCAAUAAUCCAGGAGCAACCAGCACCAGCGCCGCAGUUCCUCAUCGUGCCAGCACAGCCCUGCGGUGGGUGUUUCUAUAGAGAGACAGUAGCCCUGAGCCUGAGCCCCAGGGCCUGGAGCGUUCCCACCCCCACUGGCCUCCGUGGGGGGCAGGAAGGGGGGGCUGGCCAGGCUCAGUCAGUGCUUCCGCGGAGCCCCCAGAUGGCUGGCGUGGGGCCUUGGCCCCUUGGGCCUCGGCUCCCUACCCCUCGCGCUGCUCUUUUUUGGACACACUGAGGUUUGUGGGCCACGUUUGCUGCCCUGCCCCCGCCUGCCUGCUGACGUGGCCUUUGGAGCCCGUUCGCCUGGGCGAGGCCACCCGCCUGCUCACCUCGCCCCACUGCUCCCAGGUGCCUGCAGUGCCAGCCACCGGCCCCUCGCCACGGUGGGCUCAGCAAAGCGCAGCCCCUCCUGCUGCCCAUCCCUGGAAACCACAGCCACACCCUGUGGCCCCCGGUGUGGUUUGGACAGGUGAGUGCUGCAGGGCUGGGCAGGAAGGCGGCAGGUCCUGCAGCGCGUCAGAGCGAAGGACAGCGCCACGCUGCCAUUGUCGUGAGGUGACCUGGAUCCACCGCCUGGGUGAGAGGGGCCUGGCCUGGCCGGGGCUGCAUCCCAGCGGGGGGGCGUCAGUGGGGACAUAGACUUUGUUUUUCUCCUCCCCAGGGCCCCCCGCUCAGCACAGGCCCAUGCGGCUGCAUCCCCCUGCCUCACCUGCUGUGGGGCCUGUGCUGGGCAGGGGCAGCGCGCUCACUGCCGGCUGGCCACAAGCGCUGCACAGCCUGGGAACGCAGGGGCACGCGCCUGGCUAGUGCCAUGCAGAGCCACGCCACACAGCAGCUCCAGGCGGGAGGCCUGCAUCCCUCCCCCCACCCCAUGCAUGGGACCAGGCGUGAGCCCAGCGCCCACAGCAUGAACGUGGCCCCCUGUGACCCUCCUGCAGCCUUGUGCCCUGCGUCCUCUCCCCCAUGGCAACCUCCUCCAAGCCAUGUUGCUGCUUCAGGGGCUGCUGGGUAAAGACCAUAGGUAUUUAAAGUUUAUAAAUAUGCAAAUCAGCUCAAUCCCACCCCCCGGCCCGGCCCAGCCCCGUACCAGCAGCAGGUCACUGACAGUCCCUGUCUGGGAUGCAGCCUCCCCAGGUCACAUGGGCCCAUGAGCAGCUCUGCACCCGCACACAUGGCUGUGGGCUUGUUUGGACAUGUCAAACCUUGGUCCCAGCUACCCCCACCCCCCUCAGCAUCUCUCACUUUACUGAGAAACUGAGGUGCUUUUAACCAAUGUGAAUAGUUCUAGGAACCACAGCAGACAUGGAGACCAGGAGGGCAGAGGGCUCGCCCAGCCCGGGCGCCUGCCCUGCUGUACAUAAUGUACAUAAUACUGUAUGUGUAUUUUUAAAGUGAUCAUAUUUAUGUUCAUAGUCCCAGAUGAAGUCUAUAUCUAGAGCUCUAGCUCUAUGCUGAGAGAUGCAAGGAGUCGCUCGGGCCAGUGAAUUGCUCCAGCUUUUAGGCUCAGGCUGGGGCCCAAGCCCGUGAGCUCCAAGAGGUUUUGCUGAGGCUGCUCCCUCUGGAGAGGGCGGCUUUUCCUCGUCGUUCACGUGCGGGGGUGAAGGCUGCAGCGUCCCUGGCCUAUGGCGCGGCCCGUGGGGAGGGCCAGCUCACGGGGGUCAGUCUCUUUGAAUUUUGCUGCUUAGUCUUUUCAGGGAAAAGAAGUUACAGAAUUUUCUGAACUUGUUUCACAGCAGAUUUGAGCUUCCAAUCUGAGUGCAGCCUGCUCCGGCGGGCCCCCUCCCUGCUGCACCGGCCUCUCCCCCAGCCGAGAGGGAGCAGCUUUACUGCUCAGACGUGUGGCCCAGAGCUGAGCCCCAGACCCACCUCUUAGCCUCCACUGCAGCACUGGGAAUGGGCCCGUGCAGAUUGCCACUGGCACAGCCCUGUGCCUUCUGCAGGUGGGAGAUGGUUCAGAGGCCCAUGGCUUGAUGCCAGUAAAGGGCUAACGGCCACAGCUGACACAUCUCGUACAAUGACUCCCCUUGCAGAAGGCAGCUGGGCCCCUUCUCACAGCCAGCGUUGGCUCCCCAUAGCCCCCCCUUCCUUUCCAGUCCUGCUGCCCUUGCUUAUUGCUCUCUAGGGAAGAGCAACCAGGGCCCAGCGCUCCCUGGCCGUAGGCUCAAGCUUCGGGGCGUGAAUGCCCUCAGCUGUUGCUCCCACAGAGGUGCCAGCCCUCAACUUCCUUCCCCCUGAAGCUGCACAAGGUCUUCUGUGGGCACCUGCCCUAAAUCCUCCUCCAGUGGGCCCUUAGCAUCACACCCCCCGUUCCAGCCCCAGCACAGGCCCCAUGGGGAUUGAGGGGAGGGCACUGGAGCGGGAAGUGAUUCUCCACUUGAUGAUGCUGACCGGGCUGAAGCUCCCUGCUUACAAUCCAGCAUCUGCUCACCUAGGCCAAGUUUUGGUGAUGGCUUCAGCCCUCUCAUCUGCAUUUGUUGCUAUGCCCCUUGAGCCCUGGCUCCCUCAAAUUCCCCCCCCCCCCCCACUCCCAAGCAGCAGUUCAGGCUCAUCCCCCGUGGUGGCCAGACAGCUUGGGAAAAUGCAGCUCUGCGUAAGGCAGUGUUAUUCCGUGCAGCAGCCCCAGCUUCAAACCCUGGCAGAGGACGGGAGCCUGCUGCUGCGCCCACGUGCUGUUAAUGGGGCAUCGAUGCCAAGGUGAAGGCAAGCUAUUCCCAGAGCAAGAGCACUGGGCCCAGCUCCUGGCUGGAAGCUGGUGAUGCAGGGGCCCAGACCACCCUGGACAAUUAACGACCAGCAGUUCUGCUGAGUGCGUCAGCCCCAAAUAUGCUGCUUUUCAAUGACCAGGCAGGUGUCUGCAUGGAGGAAGGUUUCUUUAAGCUUGGCUCAGGGGCCCACACAGCAAGAGCUAGGGCCGGUUUUAGCUGCUGUGAGAAGACCCCAUAAGCCCGGCACCUUCCCAUGGCCUGGCUCUCAAACCAUUCAGUAGCAGCAAGGUUCCCAAGAGCAGACUGGGCUCAGGGCUGGAAGUCAUAGAUGUUACUUGCAAAACUCUCCUUUGGCUUUUGCUGGUGCCUGCAGCAGGCCUCCAAGCUCCCUCCCCCCCCCCCCCGCCACCACCUUCCUCUCCUUGCUGUCCCCCCUCCCUCAGCACAGACGCCCUUCAGUCCUGGUUCUUUCCCUUUAAUCAGAACUUAACAGUUCUUGUCUUAUGAUUCCUCUAGCACUAAGCGCCUGCAGCACUGAGCUCACCCUUGGGCAUGUGUCACACCCUGCCCCCCUCACUGAUCCCUGCUCUGCUACCUGCCACCUGCCACGUCUUGUGGCAUUGGAAAGCCUAGUGCAGACAGACUGCCGGCACCCUGUUAAGCAAAGCAUCUAUUAGACCAGGGUGACAUCCACUGCUCAAAACAGAAAUGGCAGCCAGGGCCCUCUCCCUCCCUCCUCCCAGAAAGCCAUCACUCCAACAGUGCUGGGGGGUAGCACACAAUCCCCUCUUGGCAAGUUACCACCUUGAGACAGUGAAAGGCAAAGGAGCCCCCACCCACCCCCAGCUCAGCCAGACCAGUGCUACAGCUCUGAACACACGUGCAUUGUUGCCUCUCUAAACCACUGCCUGGCCAAACUCUUUGGGGGCAAGCAGAGGGUGCUGGUUUCCAGAGCAAGUCCAAGAGCCAGUUUUAGCAGACAGCACUGCAUGUUAGUUUACAAACCCAGCUCUGCCCCUGCACGUUUGGCCUCUGUGAGUGUGCAGCUCCCUCUGGAGCACCCUUCCACUGUUCCGACUUGGUAAAGACACAGUGUCCUGUGGUAGAAACCCGAGUCUCUUUCUGGCACAUGUGGAGACAGUUCAGGGUUUUCAGAGCAGGCAGGAGGGUCUUGACCCACAAGGCUUGUUUUACAGAGAGCCCCUGUAUGCAGCUGCAAGGAUGAGCACAGCCCCUCCACCUCCAGCAGAGCAGAGCAGAGCAGGCUCUCUGGGUGCAAGGCUCGGCCCCCUGCUCAGGGAACCACUCUAAUUACACUCUAGCCAGAGCAGAGGAAAACUCUUUAGUUCCUCAGAAGUUAAAAUGGGGGCAACCUCCACGCCCCAGCCCCCUUCCAGCAGUUCGCUAACUGGCCUCCCAGUUCAAGCUGGUGGGUUAGGUCCAGUCCAAGCAGCCCCAGUACAGCUUACAGACCAUUUGAGGGCAUGUUUACAGAUGUAGGCAGAGGCUGCCCUGGGCAAUGGUGUUCAUAGUCACCUGAACCACACGAAGGAUGGAUACUGCUUAAGGUACAAUAGUUGCACUAUAAGAGUCAAGACUCACCACUGCAUCGCAGGAUGGCCACAUAAUGGAAGGAUCCAGAGGUCUGAGGUUUUGUUGGUUGCAAAACACUUUUCUGUGCUACAUGUGCAAUAUAUUUGUUAUGAAUGUUACCACAACAAAGUCAAUUCAUUAAAUAAACUUUAUAGUCACUGUACCUAGAUGUUUUACAUCCAUUCCAAUGACUUUUAUUCCAAGUGCAAUAUUUCAAUAGACAUGUAGUGACCCAGUAUGCUUUGUGUUUUAAAGAAUCUGUGUGCAGAGCAAUGCAAAGAAGUUUAAACUGUGUAAAUAAAAUAGGUUGCAAACCAAAAGAAAAAAGAGUAAUAGGCUUGCAUUUAAUUUCUGUGCCAGUGUUUCAGUAUUCUGUAUUGGGCUGCCUCAAUAUCGCCCCCCUGUGUUCUCUGUGGAUAUUAACAGAGGAGUGGCUCCUCACUUGUUGAAUGCUCCUGUUAAUGCUUUACAGCUUUUAUUGUAUUCAUUUUUUAGACUCGUCUGCACAAAAUGCAAUAAAAUGAUUUUAUUACACCCUU